AUGGACAUUACAGCUUGGAAAUCUUUAACGAUAGAUGAUAAAAUCAAAGAAAAGAACACAAGUAUUGAAGGUCUCAAAAGUAAAAUAAAAGAAGCAGAAUCAAAAGGAAAACCUGUAUCAGGUCUUAAGGCCGAAUUAGCUGUUGAAAAAAAAGGAUUACAGAAGUUAUUAGAACGAAAAGAAAAAGAUCGUCUUAAAAACAAAGAAAAUAAUGUUCGAUAA